AUGUUCAAGAAUCUAGGCCUAUAUUCAAACCACGUGACUGGAUGGGAAAAACAACGUUGUCAGAGGAACGGGCCCAUUUCUGUUUAUCCUCCCUCGACUCACACAACGCGGCUAGCCUUUCAGAGCCCAAGGCUCGCCACAAGUCGUCACUUUUUGGUUAAUGUGCUUGCAUCGUUUUGGAUUAUAUAUUUUGUUUGUCGGGUGUGCCUGCCGAUUUUUGGAUUUGAAUGGUCUUGUGAACGUUGCGAAACGAGAAACACUGGCCAUCGCCCUGGUUACCGGCUCCUCCACUUACUAACUCAAACGAAGCAGAGCAUGAUGCCGCCAGAACUCGCCCGAGCUCACUCGCAGGGCAGCAUAGUGUCCCAGACAACACAGAUUGCCCCUCAAAGCCGGCCAGGUACUGCAGACCCUGUGCGAGCACGCUCCGAGGCUCUUUCCAGGGCUAGCCGCCGUCCUCGAUCCCGAGGAUCAACAGCAAGCAUCCACUCGAGUACCACCCAGCAAACCCAAGACCAGCACCUUGACGGGUUCCCACAGUUUAUGCCAUCACAAGUCGGCACGGGGCAACACAUGUUCAACAACCCAGAAGACAUGCUGAUGCGAUUUGGGCAUCAGCUUUCACAUCACCAGAACGGUGCACCGCUGGAUCAAUCAAUGCAAGACGCCCACUCCGCCAUGUCUCGAGCCGAAGACUUUCCCAAUCACCAGAUGCAAGGUCACCCGCUUUCCCACCACCCCAUACAGCCCGAAAUUGCAACUGGCUUACCCGGUGUACCCGUUCCACAAUAUCAGCAAAUAUAUGAUAGUGGUGUCGAGAACCACCUUCCGGACCACAUGGUCGAGGAUCAAGAAAUCUCGGAGCCAGGGACUAAAAAGAAAAGAGGAGCGAGCUCGACGGUGGCAAACGACAACGAGUUGCGAAAGCUACUUCGCCAGUAUGAGGGAUGGAAUCUCAAGCAAAUGGCGGCUGAAGUUAUGAAGAACGAGGGAGGUGGGGGCAAGGCCGAGAAAGUGAAGCAGGUCUUCGCGAUGAUCUGGCUGAGAGAAAAUUGCCGGAAGAGCAGUGGUUCAGUACGUCGUGACCGGGUCUAUUGCUGCUAUGCAGAGAACUGUGGAACGGAGCGCGUCUCAGUAUUGAACCCUGCAUCAUUCGGAAAGUUGGUUCGCAUCAUCUUCCCCAAUGUACAGACCCGGCGUCUUGGCGUCCGAGGCGAGUCCAAGUAUCACUACGUCGAUUUGUCGGUCAUUGAGGAAAAGCAGCAAAAGCUUGCGCCUCUCAACCCACAAAUUGCUCAUCAUUCAAAUGGCCCUGCUUCUAUGCCCUCCAGGGCCGCCAGUGCGAUGCGCUCGAGAAGUGCUAGCGUACAGCAACCGACUGCCGAUACUGCCGUGUUCCCAUCUCCCACAACUUCCUUCGCUCCCCGAUUCCCGAACAAUGCCUCUCCUGCCGACUGUAAUUGCCAAGGUCAAACUCCAGCUGGGCCAGAUGCAACGAUCACCCGCGAGAAUGUAGCCCAGCAGGCUGGGAAAAUGAUACACCAGAUGCUUCAGUUCCCGAUGGAUGAGAACACCUUGGUGGAUAAUGAUACCCUUCAACUUCCCGAUAUCCGUGCCUACUUGCCUGCAAACACCGAUUUGAAAGUUGCAGCAGCUCUUGCUGCCCUAUAUCGCUCGCACUGCAUUUCGGUCAUCGACAGCUUCCGCUAUUGUAAGGAACGAAAUCUUAUGAAAUAUUUCUCCGCUUUUCAUGGAACAUUGACUGUUCCUGUUCAGAAGUUGUUGACUCACCCCAACCUUGCUCCGUGGAUCAAGGAAUGUGAUUGGAUGAUGUACCAAAAGAUGAUUGCGUUCGUGGCGCCCUUGACAACUCAGGUGGUUCCCAAGCCGGUCCUGGACGCUUUUAACUCCAUCUCACAACGGCUUUGCGGUCACAUCGCUGAGACCUUCAAGACCCAACCAACUCAUGUGUCGUUAGCACGCUUGAUUCCCGCGCAUAUCUUUUGCAAUCUCCUCAAGCAUAUGCUUGAUGUGAACCAGGCUGCCAACGCCGCUGCCGCCUGGCUUUGCCACCCGGACAACCGAAACCAAAUGUGGACCGACUUUAAGACCAUGGUCAAUCCUAGAGAUAUGAUGACCAAGGCGAACAUUCCCACGUGUGCCGAGCCAGCGACGGAGCAAAUCCUCAAGCAUGACAUCCGCGCGCUCUUGACUCCAUUGACUGAUGCCGACCCCUCCGCAAGCUUGCUUUUCUUCACGCAACCUGAUACCCCCGAUUCUGUCGAGGCUCACAAGUUCCCCGUGGAGAGUGCUCCCGGAGACGAGUACAAUUUCCCUGACAAAUGGGUUCAGUUUAUCCUCAACAUCCCCGCUGCCUUUGCCAACCAUCGCACGCAGUGUGUCAUUGAAAAGGUUGAUGCCUUGUGGGAUAGCGUAUUGCACCGACUUACCCUGGCUGGAGCCCCGAGCUUUAGUGCCUGGUGGAUGACAAAAGUCUUUUUCCACGAGAUGAUGGUCUGGCAAGCAGAGAAGGGUGGGUUCAUGCGCAACACCCCUGGAUCACUGCAAAGUGCGACGUUUGGUCCCGAGUCACUUGGUCACUUUCAAAUGAAACAAGCGUCUGUUCCUGAGACAUCCCCUUUCGACGCAUCAAAUGAUUCCCAAGCCAAAUCCAACCUGAGUCCUCCUGUGGCUCAUAAUGGCCACCCAAGUCACCCUCCUAGUCAGCACCCAGAAUUCAAACACCCUCCCAGCGAGAAGCGACUCUCUCUUCAAGAUCCGGGCUUCCAAGGUCAUAACAAUGAUGACAGCGCGAUUGAUCUCGAGGAUGAUACUAUGUUGCUGGCGGUUGGUAAAUACGGUGACAUGAUGGUCUCUGACCCCGCCGAUGCCGAGGGUGAUGUCGUCGUCAUCUAG